AUAUCUCCCCCUCCUCGUCAUAUCUCGAUACUUGUGCGACGCUUUCUUCUUACGCCCACCGCCAGCGGACUUUCGACCCGAUAAUCUGCGACGUGGUCUUGUGAUCGUUUGUGAUCGUUCUCACGCUACAAGUUAGCAUCUCGAUUCUACAUCUCGAUUCUACAUCAAGCUCUUCGCACAGAGCAUCAUGUCUGAGCAACCGUACGAUCCUUAUAUUCCUUCCGGCUCCAACGCCGCCAGCGGCAGCACUGCACAGAAUGGCGACAACCGGACACGGGAAAUCGACCGGAAAAUCCAAGAGACCGUCGAUACUAUGCGCUCGAAUAUUUUCAAGGUCUCCGAGCGUGGUGAACGUCUAGAUUCGUUGCAGGAUAAGACCGACAACUUGGCUGUGUCAGCUCAAGGGUUCCGCAGAGGUGCCAACCGCGUGCGGAAGCAAAUGUGGUGGAAGGACAUGAAGAUGCGUGUUUGUCUGAUUAUUUGCAUUAUCCUCUUGCUUGUGGUGAUCAUCGUCCCUGCUGUUGUUACAACCACGCGCUAAGCUACGACACUUCAACGACGGUCAUGUUAUCCAGCCCGACCCGGGACCUGUGCGAAUAUCGUUGCAGCUUUGUUUUCAGCCUCUAAUACCUUGUGUGCUUUUUAUUGGGCGUCGAUUCCUGCUGUUGUCACGAAUAAGCCUUAUUUUAGCAGGCCAUGGACGCGAUGAAUUGAUUUGGCUCUUCAGAUGCGGGCUAUGCUAUGCUAUGCCACACGACUCGUCGACGGCGAAGAUGUAAAUGAUACUCUGGUGUUUGUUGCUUUUUUUUGUCUCUUGCUACUCGACUUUCCCUUCUCAUGUGCUACUGUGCUGUUUGUCUAGCAUUCUAUAAUGAACCUAUCAUACCUGUCUCUUCA